AUGUCGUCGACACCGACUACCCCAAUAAGAUCUCUCUUCAGUACACCCGAAUCGGGAACUGCAGAACGAAAGAUCAUGAGCAUGUUGGAGCCGCACCAUAAUUAUGUAGAUGACGUCACUGCUUGGAAGUGCCAGGUCAAGCAGUUACUCCUCGAAGCUGGUGAUCUUACCCCCAGCAAGCUUGCCAGAUUAGGGGAGGAAAGACUUGCAGCCUCUAGCCUUACCGACUUGGACUUCAUUGUCUCUCUCUUGGACAUUGAUUAUUUUGCAAUCGAAGACCGUCGUUGGAAGCUACCAAUUGGACGGGGGGUCCGUCUCUCUGAAGCCACUGAAUCCUUGCUGAGAAGAAUGCUCAAUGCCAUCUUCUGGAAACGAGAGUCCUGUGAAGCUCUGUCGAGAACAUUUUUUGACCUUGUGAUUUUCGACCUAUUGGAGGCCAACAAUGCUAGCUCUGCGAGGCCCAUCCAUGUCUUUGCGGGGAUGUGGAUGGUAUUAUUAAGGCAUCGAUUUCACUCUCCUCAACACAACCCCUAA